AUGCCGGGUAAUAGGAUUCUUUGUGUUGCAGAGAAACCUGCUAUCGCCAAGGCAGUUGCUCAGCAUCUUUCUGGAGGGUCUAUGCAGACAAUGAAUAUACAUGGCCAGCAAUAUGUAAAAAACUACGUGUUCAGCUUCAACUUUGGCGGAGCAUGGGGAAACUGUGAAGUGACCAUGACCAGUGUCAUUGGCCACUUGACGGGGCUGGAGUUUGGCAAGGAGUACAAAGGUUGGACAUCGUGCCCACCUAGCCUGUUGUUUGAAGUGCCCGUCUUCGAGAAUGUUGAUUCAGAUAAACUAAGCAUUGCCGACAAUAUCAAGAAACAGGCUCAAUACUGCAAAGCCCUGUUUAUCUGGACGGAUUGUGACCGGGAAGGAGAGCAUAUCGGAACCGAGGUCAAGAAACAGGCUCGCCUAGGUAACGCGCGGAUCGAAGUCAAGAGGGCUAGGUUUAGCAACACCGAGAGAGCUCAUGUAUUGAGAGCGGCUCGUGAGCCCAUCGAACUGGACGAAAAGCAAGCAAAUGCUGUAGCUGCCAGAAUUGAGCUAGAUUUGCGUGUCGGCGCUGCAUUCACUCGUUUACAGACACUUCAACUGCAGACUCUUGGAAGUCCUUUAGAUCAAGGUCCAAUUAGCUAUGGUUCAUGUCAGUUCCCUACACUAGGGUUCGUCGUUGAUCGGUAUCUCCGAGUGCAAAAUUUCAAGCCAGAACCUUUCUGGGCCAUUGCUGUUGUUCAUAAACGCGAUGACAUCAACGUCAACUUCAACUGGCGCCGAGUGCGCCUAUUUGACCGGGCUGCCGUAACGGUCAUGCUAGAACGAUGUCUGGACGCCAAAGAUGCAAAAGUCACCAAGGUGACAAAGAAGCCGACGAGCAAAUGGCGACCGUUGCCUUUGACGACUGUCGACCUGCAGAUGAUGGGCAGUAAGUAUUUACGGAUGACUUCUCAUCAGGUGAUGCAAAUCGCGGAGACAUUAUACACACGCGGGUUCAUCAGUUAUCCACGAACAGAAACAGACCAGUUUGAUAAAGCAAUCGACUUGAAGAAGCUUAUUGAAAAACAAGUACCUGACCGGACUUGGGGGCAGUAUGCUCAGGGUCUAUUGGAUGGCAACUUCAGAACACCUCGAGCGGGCAAAAAUAACGAUCAAGCUCACCCGCCUAUCCACCCUAUCUGUGCAGUAGCUCCGUCAGCUCUCAAAGACGAAGAGAAGCGAGUAUUUGAUUUUGUGGUCCGCCGCUUCCUUGCAUGCUGUUCAGACGACGCCAAAGGUCAGACUUCCGAAGUGGAAAUUCAAUAUGGCGAUGAGUACUUCCAUGCCAAGGGAUUGAUUGUUCUCGAGAGAAAUUACUUGGAUAUCUACGUUUACGACAAAUGGGAGAGCAGUACUCAGUUGCCUCACUUUGAGGUGGGCGAGGUCUUUGAGCCGACCGAGGCGAAAAUCACUGAAGGAAAGACGACGCCGCCGACGUAUUUGACAGAACCAGAAUUGAUUGCCCUCAUGGAUGCAAAUGGUAUUGGUACGGAUGCUACUAUGGCAGAACAUAUUAACAAAAUCAAGGAACGCCAAUACGUUGCAGCACGUCCUCGUACUGGUGCGAGCAACAAUGAAGCAGGUGGUAGAGGCCGAGGUCGUGGCCGAGCAGCAGGAGGCAAUACAGGAGUCCAAGAACUAAUACCCACACGAUUAGGCGUUGCUUUGGUUGAAGGAUACGACAAUGUUGUUGCCGGUCUCGCAGAUUGCCCUUCGCUCAGCAAACCACACCUGCGGAAGGAAAUGGAGCAACUUAUGCGUGACAUUUGCAACGGUACCAGGACACGCACCGAGGUGGUCGAGCAGAGCUUGGACAUGUACCGUGGAGUUUUUAUUCAGACGCAACGAAGAAUUGAUAUGCUUAAAGAAGCGUGUCGGAAAUACGUCUUUCAACAAUCGACAGUGACAAUGACGACCACAAAUACGAAUGGGGCAAGAAGGAGGUGA